CCCCCACCAUCGACAGCUUCAAGUGCAGUCUAUCCGCAUUCCAUUCCCACUCGACACCAAACGACGCGGGACACCCCUACACACCCUACUUGACCCGCGUACGCGACCUCAAGAACAAGAGAGCGAACGAAACACACCCACCUACCCACCCACACACCCACACACACUCGCCAUGGCCGACAGACCAGCCCACCGAGGCGGCGGUGGCUCGCGGGGCGGCGGCGGCGGCGGCGGCUACCGGGGCGGACGCGGCGGCGGGCGGGGAGGAGGAGGGGGAGGAGAGCGGGGCGGCGCCGGCGGUGCGGGGGGGCAAGAGAGGGAGCGGCCCAAGAAGGAGAACAUACUCGACCUGGCCAAGUACAUGGACAAGCGGAUUACGGUCAAGUUCAACGGCGGUCGGGAAGUGACCGGCACGCUCAAGGGCUACGACGCGCUGAUGAACCUGGUUCUGGACGAGGUGGAAGAACAGCUCAGAGACGACGAAGGAAACGAGACGACCCGGCCGCUCGGCCUCGUCGUGGCGCGCGGCACCCUGCUCGUGGUCAUCAGCCCCCUGGACGGCAGCGAGGAGAUCGCCAACCCGUUCCUGCAGGCGGACGACGAUUGAUGGUCGGAGGCAGGUGGGACGGACGGACACAUGAUGUAUCGACCGGGUGGGCCAAAUUAGACAUGUGGGAGAGAGAGAGCAUGGGAAAGGGAAAAAGAAAAAAGGGAGGUGGUGAGCAAACGGCGGUGGAGGAGGCGCGCCGGUUGCCAUGGAUAAUAUGUCGGGCUGCGAAUGUACGCGGCGUCCUUGCGGAGUCAACGGCCACAUACAUAUCGGGCGAGAGAUGGAAUUGCUCCUCAGUGAUACCACAUACCACAACACCCUUCUGCAUGAGGGGAAAAUAAUGCCAAAAGUAUAUGGCAUUGCAUUGGCAUUUGCCACGAUCAUCGCAGAAUUUCACUCAUGGCCUUCUGUUAUGUUAUCAAUUUUAUUUCGUCUUGCUUGAUGUCUAUUUGAUAGGACGCUACCUAUUUGAUAGGACGCUCGUCAAUGACAGGGGAGCCGCAGGGUCUAGCUAAAAGCUUCAUCCACCCCAACGAGGCCGG